AUAUAUUCCGACUUCUCUUCAUUUACAUCAUCUGCAGCUCCCAAAACACCGAAGAUGGCUGCGAUUUUAGGCACUAUCGGGAAGAAAAUAGUUGCUUCCAAUGUUGUUGGUGGGGCAAAGAGUCUGUUAAAGAAUUCUGGGUCCUUGUAUUUUGCCAAUCCAAACAGAGGAGGUGCAAAAUGGGAUCUGGAUCCAGAAUGGCUAAAGCAGUUUGAUGGACCAGUAAUGGUACCAGUAGAGGGCAUGAAUUUGGAAAUGCCCGCAUGGAAUGGCUACUUGGCUCCAGUUGAAAAGAAAGUUCGUAAUGUUAGCAUCAAUUUUGGACCUCAGCAUCCAGCUGCUCAUGGUGUGCUACGUCUAGUUCUAGAAUUAGAUGGUGAGACUGUGAUGCGUGCUGAUCCUCACAUUGGCCUGCUACACCGAGGAACAGAAAAACUUAUUGAGUAUAAAACUUACACUCAGGCUCUUCCAUACUUUGAUCGCCUGGACUAUGUAUCAAUGAUGUGCAAUGAGCAGGCAUACAGUCUUGCUGUUGAAAAGCUUCUUGGUCUUGAAGCUAUUCGAGCAAAGUACAUCAGAACUAUGUUUGGGGAGAUCACACGUAUCUUGAACCACUGCAUGUUCUUGGGAACUCAUGCCUUGGAUGUUGGCGCUUUAACUCCCUUCCUGUGGCUGUUUGAGGAACGUGAGAAGAUGAUGGAAUUUUAUGAGAGAGCCUCUGGUGCUCGACUUCAUGCUGCCUAUGUUCGUCCUGGAGGAGUUGCUUUUGACAUUCCUGUUGGUCUAAUGGAUGACAUCUAUGAAUUUAUCACUAAAUUUGGUGAGAGGCUGGAUGAAGUUGAAGAUGUCCUUACAAAUAAUCGCAUUUGGAAACAACGUGUCAUUGGUAUUGGAACUGUAACAGCAGAGGAAGCUCUUAAUUAUGGAUUCAGUGGAGUUAUGCUACGAAGUGCUGGUAUCAAGUGGGACUUACGCAAGACACAACCAUAUGAUGCCUAUGAUCUUGUGGAAUUUGAAGUACCAGUUGGAAAGAAUGGCGAUACCUAUGACAGGUAUUUGAUGCGUGUGGAAGAGAUGCGUCAGUCACUCCAUAUCGUUGAGCAAUGCUUGAACCAAAUGCCCCCAGGAGAGGUGCGUGUUGACGAUGCCAAGGUGACCCCUCCCAACAGAAGUGAAAUGAAGUCUUCUAUGGAGGCGUUGAUUCAUCAUUUCAAAGUAUUUACCCAAGGAUAUCAGGUUCCCCCAGGUGCUACAUAUACAGCAGUGGAGGCUCCUAAAGGAGAGUUUGGUGUUUACUUGGUGUCUGAUGGAACUUCAAAACCUUACAGAUGUAAGAUCAAGGCCCCAGGAUUUGCUCAUUUGGCAGCUACAGAUUUGGUUGGCAAAAACCAUAUGUUGGCAGAUAUUGUAGCUAUUAUUGGUACCCUGGAUAUUGUGUUCGGAGAAGUUGAUCGUUAACUUUUAGCAGGAGACUAUUCUGUAGUUUAUGAUGCACUAUAAUGGUGAAAGAAGUGUUUAUGUCAACAUGAAAGUAAUUUUAUUUUUAGAAGUGCAUGCAAAAUGAAAAUGUCUAGGAAGUGACAAGUGUAUCAGAUCUAUGCAGGGAACCAGUGUAGUUUUCUUGGAAAACACUAUUGGUUGUGUAGAAAUCAUUGUCACUUCAUUAUUUGUUAAAUUUCUCUCUAAGCGUGUUGUAUAUAUAAUAUUUAAUAUGCUUUAUUGUUAAUAAAGCAAGUUUUUUAAUGCG